AUGCAUGUUUCAGCGUUAAUCAAACGACCACCAAAAUAUGAAAGCAUUUCUGUGGGCAUUCUUUACAUUCUAAUGAAUAGCAUUGGUAUUUUCACGUCAUCUAUUAUUAUCGCAGGAAUACUGCUGGAGAAGUCAAUGCGCACAUCGCAAUGCUAUCGUAUGAUGUUGUGUAUUAGUGUGCUGGGUAUAAUUCAACAAGUUAUUGGGCUCAUUUCGGGUUUUCUCACAAUAUGGCCACUUGAGAAUGUGUACGCCACAAAGAUUGCCGGAGCCUUGUUUGAGCCAAUGUGGAUGUGUAUGCUGUAUUUUAUCUUUUUGUUAUCCGUAAAUCGUUUAGGAAUCGUCAGUACCAGUUAUGUGUAUAAGAACUGGAUCACGAGUAUAUGUAAUGUCUUAUCACUGGUUUCAAUCUUACUCGGUUUGGGUUUUGUGAUCGCAUUCUUGACGCCGAAUGUGACAAUGCGAUACGAUCCGUACAUUUAUGCAUGGCGCUACUUCCAUACCACCGAAGCGUUUAUUGUGGCCAUGUUUGAGGCUUGUUCCCUGACACCGCUUUCAAUCCUGAGUUUGGUCAACUACAUCGGUAUUCUCAUUGCCAUUUACCGAAAGGUGAGUUCGAUCCAUAGCGGCGGAGCCCAAAUUCAGCUCCCGUUGUAG